AUGUUGAAAUACAUCUUGAAUGGCCUAAUUAGGACAUUCGGGAGAGACUUGGUUGAGCAAUGGAUACCACUGGAUCACGUAUGUGUAACUUCAGUAGGGAAUCCAGAAAUACACUUGGCAGAUAUCGCCAUACCGGAAAUCGUGUUUCAAAACUACUCUUCACCCUUUGCGCUAGUUAGCUCAAACAUUAGGCGAAUUGUAGUAAAAUGUGACUGGUCGGCCUUUUUCAGAAGUAACAAGAGGGGAAAAAUUAAAAUAGACGUCGACGGAGUCGAUUUAGUGGUUAGAACGAAGAGACUUGACGAGUUUGAUCCGGAUCUAUGUAAAAAAUUGCUAUUGGCAAAGAAAAAAAGGUAUUUGGACAAGUGGAUUAAGUACUCGAAGCUGGGCGCCAACGCCGACAAAGCUGCAAAAAUCGUAAAUUGUUUAUCGAUUAGGGUUAAAAAUGUCAAAGUAACCUUCGUGGACGAUGUAAUAUAUAAAAACCCGUUCUCAAUAGUAAUUAGAGCUGACCUGGUGACUGGAGGAGGCGUCGACUCUAAGAAUCCGAACAUGAACGACCUUGAGAGAAAGGGUUUUUUGAAGGGCCUCCUUACAAAUCUCCUGUUUAAAACGAGGGGCGUACAGAUAGAAUACAACAGCUACGAGACUCAUUAUAGUAACUAUAGCCCGAACUAUUCAGAUGACCUUGACACUGACGUCGGCACGGAUAAUCAGGAGAGCGACUCUUACGCCCUGUCGUCAAGCAGUUCUAACUUCAGCGACGAGUUGUUCGAGUCGGACUUCUCCGAGAAGGAAGAGCUGGAGAACAGGGAUCUGUACGAUUUUUUGGAAGUGAAGAGGAGCAACUUCUGCACAUUUUGUUCAAGUUGUAUGCCCCCGGAAAAAAUAUCGAAGAACAAGAUAAAGCCGGAUUCAAUAAAGUAUCUGAACAUACUGAACACGCCGCAUAAGAGGUUUAAGCUGACCACUAAGGAGGGGAUAUUUGUGGGCAUAUCGGUGAAGAUAUGGAACUUCAACUCGCUGUUCUUCGUAGACAAAAUCGCAUACGAGCCGAUGCAGAAAAUAAAGCUGUAUCUGUGUGGAAGCGACCCCGAGUACGCGAAGCAGGAGCAUUACGGCUACCUCUUCGACGGGUCAGUCAAGUACUCGAAGCUGAAGCUCAAUUUUUCGAGCGAAUUUGUGCACACGCUGCACGACUUCAUAAGGUACGUCCGCAUCCUCUCCUCGUUUAAGAAGGGAGCGACGAACGACCUUUGCAAGGUACCGAGUGUGCAGAGCAGUGUAAAAUAUUGUAACCUGUUAAAAAAGUUGAAACUGUUCAAACUAUCGAAAGAAGAUCAGGAUUUUUUUGACGCAUACGAACGGGAAACUCCGUUAGGAGUUCUGAUAAGACUGAGAAGUUCCCUUUCCAAAAAGAGGAAAAAAAUAAUUAAAAGUGACGUAAGCAUAAACAAAAGUAGCAAGUAUGAGAACAAAACUAAGGGCCUUAGGGAGGCAAAGAGUAAAACAACAAAAACAAAUGAAAAAAAAAUAGAUGAAAAAACAAAUCUGAGUGAUGUAGAAGACGCGGAGCAGGACUCUGGAAUAAAAAUUGAACGUUUGUUCCAAGACGAGGACGAGUACGAAGAUGAGUAUAACGAGCAGUUCAUAAGGAAUUUUGUAAACAUCCAGGCGGACGAGUACGAGUCUAACUUUUUUACGAGCAAUUACUUCGAAUAUAUGAAUGCAACAAUCAGGAUGGCACUGGGAGGGCCGAACGCUAGCAGCAACGACGACCACUGGUUCCUGGGAACCAUGAGCUUUGGAAUCGUAGCGCCGAACCUGAGAGUGGAUCUGAUACCGACCUCGAAGAUCCUGAACAGCUUCAAUGAAGCGAACAGGAGAAAGGGGACCAGGAGGAAGAUGCUCGACUGCAUAAUAGCCGAUGUGUCGAACUUCUACUUCAACAUCGUGCAAAUGUCGGACAGGAGGGCCUCCAUCAAAAUAUUCCUGGCGCGCGCAAUGUGCAGGUACGCGAAGGUGGAGUGCCAGGCGAAGAAGCGCACGUUCUCGUGUGACCUGGUGCUGGGCGUCGUGCACAAUGAGAUGCUGGUUGCAGCUCCAACUAAAAUGAUGGAGGACUAUGAGGGCUACCUCAGGGACUACGGCAACGAAGACGUGGACGAGUUCAGCCUGGAGGACUCUAGGAAAAUAGAUAAGCAUUCGCUGAUCAGCAUACUGAUAGAGAGCUACGGUAACUACGUGAAGAAGAACGUGAUUAACAUGUGCUCGUACUUCCUAAUAGCAAACCCGGCCCUGGAACUGUACAAAUCAGUGGAGCACGGCCUGGUGACGAGGACGUUGAACGAGCUGCUGAGUUUUGAACUGUUCCUGCACCGCACGUUCACGAAUAACCACAGGAACCAGUACAGGAUUAAGACGACCGACAGAGGAUACCCGUUUAAGAACGUCACGCAGUACUCGAAAGAGGACAUGAAGAUGAUAAACAAGUUCAUUGGAAAGUUGGACGAGAAGUUGAAGUACGUGAUAACGGUGACGAGGCAGAGAAUGUGCAUGAAAAACAGGAACAUGGUGAGGUUCACGGGAAAGGAGAUGAAGAUGUAUAGCUUCUUUGCAAGGUUCGCGAAGAAGAGGACGAGAGUGGACGCAAAGGACAUGUACGAACAGAACGAGCAGUCGCUGUUGAAAUGGCCAUACCAAAAGGUAAUGGACGACAUCGUGCAAAGUGGUAAGGAGGCCAGAAGGAGAAGAACAGUGAUGGUGAUGGCCAGUAGUAGUAGUAACACUGGUAACAGUCGAAGUGCGAAAUUGAAUGCGGACACUACCGCGAACAGUAUCAGCAAUGGGAGAGUCAACAAUGACGUGGUUGUGUCAUUUGAGGAAGAGGUGAAAGAACUAGGCGUGGAUGUUGAGAAGAUUAACCACUGGGGAGACGUGGACUGGUUUUACAAUGCACGAUCAGUGCCGUUCUGCAUAGAGUCUCUGGAUCUGGGCUUCAACAACUGCAUAGAAGUGUCAAUGAAGGGCCUGGACGUGCUGGUGGAUAGUUACCUGAGUUCGAAAAAACUGACCUUUAACGAUGUUGAGGUAUCGAUGAACAACAUUUACGACAUGAAUGACCAUUUUAACGCCUUUGAAAGUGCCCCUGCCAACAGGUCAACUGAUAGAGCAGGCACCAAAUCGCAUAAUAGGCAGCCUACUGCAUUCGGUGCCACCGCUGUUACUAGUAGUAAGGAUAGUUUUGCCCAUACCAGUGGUGCCACCAAUCGUAAGAAUAAUUUUAUUUAUACAAGUGGCAGAAAACCGGCAAAAGACUGUAGAAAUGACAGUAAAACGAAUCUGCUUAGUGUGGAACUGUUUUCAUUCCAGUUGAUUAAGAACAGUGGAGUAUUCCUGAUUUCCCUGGAAAACGUUGAACUGUGCUCGAAUUUGGUGGUAUUGGCGCCAUUUCACCAAUUUGCAAAUGAGUUUGCAAGGUCAGGAAACAACGUGAAGAACAUGGUGGACGCAGUGAGAGACGGGACCUGCUUCCCAAAUUUCUACGCAUAUUUUAACUUUAAACCUGACUACUCGCGCAAGAUAAGGAGUGCGCUGGAAGAGUUUGAGUACGACAGCAUGAUUAAAGUCGGAAUGCACGUGGAGAUGGAGGCACGCGUGUAUAACAUGGUAUCGUGCUACUGCACGCCGAUAUAUGAGCCUGAGUUGAUAAGGUUCCACGGAGACUACGAAAACAAGGCGCUGGUCUCAGUUCGCGAUCUGAAGGUUUUUUUCCUGAGGCACGACAGGAGCACGACCGGUGAGGGAGGAAUAGUCUCAGUGUCCACGAACGAUCACACGCUGCUGUACUCGCUGGUGUUCCACAAGCUGAGUCUACAGUUUUUGACGGGCAGCAAGGAGAAAAUAAAGUUGAACCUGAAGGGAGCAAAUUUGCUAAGUCACACGCAGGCUGACUCGGAAGCAGGUGAAGACGAUGCAGGUAACUACGAAGUGCUGUUUGGAUGCACCAUGAAUGACUUGAAGAGUAAUAAAAUCACGACGAGGAGAGUACAGCACGGGCAGGUGCUGGCUCAGGUGGAAAAGGUGAAAGGGAACACCGAGGUUAAACUGGAGUUGAGGAGUUUGAACCUCAAGUACAACAAGGAUUUUGUUGACUACUGUUUCCAGCAGUUUUUCUUUUUCAACAAUUUGAUUCAGAGCAUAGCGAGUGGAACCCCCGGUGUUAGCACUGGUACCGGCGUUGGCACCAACAACAGUCUCAAUACGAGUAGAAAUAACAGUCUCAAUACGAGUAGAAAUAACAGCCUCAAUACCUUUAGAAAUAACAGCCUCAAUACGAGUAUCAGUAUCGCCUCCAACUACAUCAGUGGCAACACAGUUAACAAUAAUAACAGUGGCAGCACAACGAGUGACACAAGGAGUAGCACUGAAGAUAGUGCAUCGUCCGAGGGUGCCUACCAAGACGAAAGCAGGGGUGCUAAAACUGGACAUUCAAGCGGUUCCGUUAAAGUGUACGUUAGCAGUCUGAACACAUUUGUGUACCUGGAUAGUUUUGGAGUAGUCUUUGACGUAUUUUGUGAACUCACAAAGAAAAAUAAUAGUUUGUCAUUAAAAGUAGCAAGGCUCUCAACGGGGUUGUUGUGGUCUAACUAUAAAAGAUUUUUGACACUUUCGCUGAUGGAUUUGCAGCUGAGGCUUGACGACUGUAACGUGUUUAAGAAGGACUACGAAGAGUCAGAAUACUCGGAUUGCCUAAUGGAUUUGAGGCACGUGAACAACAGAGUAGUGUUACAGGUAUCGCAAUUUGCGCUGUGGUACCACUACAAUAACUCGUACAAAGCGUACAGCCCACAAACGGAACUGAAUAAGUUUAGAAGCGUUUCAUCAAUCGGUCGUAAGUACAGGGACUUGAAGGAAGUGUUUCAUGAGUUAUCACUUCUGUUCAAUGAAUACUGGUUCAGUCACGUGACGUGGUGUUUGCUUCCAACAUGUUCAGACGACGACGUGCUGAUACCGAUAUUUUCUACGAAGGUGUCCUCAUACUCGAGGUUGAAGCCAAUAAUGAACAGGAGCUACGUGAAGAGUUACAUGAAAAUGUUCUUGAAUGGAAUCGAAGUCGUGGAAAAGUUUGAUAGUUUGCAAGUGGACACUAAUUUGAUACUACACAGAUUCAACUCAGUGCUCACAACCAAGGGGUCGGUGGAAGUCGGAGAAUUUCUGUUCAACUUUGACAUGAGCGUGAUGAAGGAGGCGAAGCAAUACGCGUCAGAAGUGCAAGAGGUGUUAAGCAACUUUAAGAGCCAAGUUAGUUCGUUCAAGAGUAUGUGGAGAGGAGCUGAUAACGUCGUUAGAAGUGAUGCUGCCACUGCCGUCGCCGGUACAUUAGGCUAUGGCCGCAAUGAUAGCAUCGGUGGUAACAGUGUUAACAUUGAUACUAAAGCUAAUGUGGCCACUAACAACAUGGAUGCGGAUGAAGCUGACCACUACGACGAUGAUGAAACCAACGAAGGGGAAUAUCGAGACGAUGUUUACGACUGCGCCCACAAGAAAGGGUUCCUUUGCAAUGUGGAUUUUAGUUUGAAAGGCAGUGCCAGUUGUCUGUUCUCAGAUUAUUCACUCACAGUUCCAUGUUGGUACCUGCCGGAUGUAUCAGAAAGGUACAAAAGGCUGCGAUUCAGAAUACUGAAGGCGUAUCCGCAGAAUAAGGUCAUGGUUAACUUCGGGUACAGCUUCAACGUGCUGCUUCAGAGUAACCUGGACGAGGAUUUUCUGUAUAAGCUGUCGAAGCACAUGGACGACAAUGUGGGCGGAAGCAUAACAGGGGAGGGCUUUCAGGCAGAAGAUAACCAAGUGGAGCUGCUGUACGAGCAGUACUACAUGUUUAACGGAACGCUGAUACUGACGGUGUCGAACUGCAGUUUCAACCUGGAUCUGUACGCGAAACACCCGUACAACCUGGCUACAGGUGUGUAUGCACAGGGCGGUAACGGGGGUGCGCGUCAAGCCAACGUGUACCACCCUAGGCUAAGUAGUAUAAACGUGUUUGAAGAGCCGCUGGACGAGUACGAGCUCGUUAAGAUAUUCAACUUGACACUCUGUAAAAAGGCACACUUCGUGAAGAACGAAGAUAGGCUGCUGCUGAAGCUGCUGGUCGAAAAGUUGCAGAUACUCGACUACUUUGGGAAGUACAUGAUUAACAACGUGCAUGAAGUGAGGUCGAGAGCUGCUCAGUCCUACUACGUGCCUGAGGAGCUUCUCUCAAAGCAGAAGGAGCAGAUAGUGCUGAGUCUAUCGAAGAGCGCCAGCAGUAAGCAGGUCAAUGUGGUAAUUGACAACACGCUUGUGGAAUUGCACCCGGACUUCAUUAACCUGGGCAUAGCGAUUGUCAUGAGUCAGUUCGGCAGCAGUAUUCAGAAGCGUGGAGUCAACAAGGCAAGUAGUAAGGCGAGCUACGGCAACAACGUUCCCGGUAGUGGUAUUGGCAACAGUGGUAAUCGUAACACGAGCAACAUCACUACUGGCACGGGUAAAACUGACACUAAGAACACCGCUGCCAAUACUAGCAGUGGAGCUGACGCCAUUGGAAGCCUGAAGCUUAGUCUGACCCUGAACAUGUUUGAAAUAUGGAUAUACCCGAGCAUCGAUUUCUACACGAGGACCAAGAAGGUGGCGAGGGAGAGUACGGAGCAGAGAGUUAGAGCCAUUCCAAGGAUAUUUAUGACUGCGGAGUCGGUCAGUUCAGGGUCAAACUACCAUGACGACAGAAUGCACGUGUUCUGCAUACUCUUUAGUGGGACAGUUUCGAACAACAAGUACUGUAGAUGCCACGUAAAGUACCUAUCAACGACGCUUGGAGCAGUUCUGCUAUUGGAAAGCAACGCCAAGGUCCUCGUGGAUCAGAAUGACGCACUAAUAAUAUCCAGGAUGAAUGACCCAUGCAAUCGGUUUCUGUUUGAAAUGAAGGACCUGUCAAUUAAAUUUAAAAUAGAUACUAUUGACACACACAAUGUAGAUGCGGGAAAUGUGAUGAUACAAUCUCAGCUGGAGAACAUUAAAGUGUGUAAUUCAAUAGAGGACAUCGCACGUAUAUAUUACCUUAAGGACUACUUCUAUCCCGAGAGGAUAAAUGACUUGAUCCAGUGCAUGAAGAAGCCAGAGAGAGAGCACGACCAUGAAGACCAAGAGGCACAUGAAUACGAAUAUAAAAGUUUGGACGAUAUAUUUAGGAGUCUAGGAGUAGUGAACACUCAGAAAAGUGAUAACGUAGAUGGGUUUGUCGCUAGCUUGGAAGACAUGGGCAGUGUAGCCGGCAGUAGGGGCAACAUAGGUGGUCUUGAUGGCAGUAACAGUGGAAUGUAUUUUGAAACCAGAGGUGGAGCUGACAGUGAUAUUAUCGGAGUUAGAACAGCUAAAAGCAGGAUGAGUGUCAGUGACGAUAGAAAAGGAAGUGGUAACAGUGAGACAGGGUCUAAAGAGGAUGGCGAUAAAGAAAAGAUAAAAAAGGCGUUUAAAGCGUUAGAUAGACUGUAUUACCUGGGAAGAAGGAAGAUAUCAGUGAGCGUCGAAGUGUCGAAGUUGCAGCUGAUCAUCCUGACGAACCCGGAGCCGAUGAUACUGGGCGUGCUGGUCAACGAGGUAAACUUCGAAGUCUCGUUUAAGUCGCAGCAGCUUAACACGAGCUCAGUGUUCUCGCUGUCACUCCUGUUCGAAGUGGCGUUGCUGAACAACAAGUUCGGAGUUAUCGACGCGCUGAUGCAGCCGACGCCCUUUGGACUGGAGUUGGUAGCGAACGGAGCGGUGGACGAGGAGGAUGAGAAGAACAUAGACAGUAACGUGUUAGCGAUCAGGCUGGAGCUGGGAGCGGCGACAGUGGACUUCAGCAACAACAUGAGCAGGCUGAUGAACUACCUGAUAACCACGCUGAAGAGAAUAAAGGAAAUCGAGAAGACGGUCGAGCUUAACAGAAUCACAGUGUACAACGAGCUGGAGUACGACAUAUGCGUAUUCAGCGGAAACGUAAAGAGGGACCUGGACUACUUCGUGGUGCCAAACAACGCGAGCGUGAAGCUGUUCACGAAGGAGUUCGCACUGCUUAUCAAAAACGAGGAAAACCAGUUCUCAAACUGCGAAAACCUGCUCGGAUACAUCGAUAACAACCUGCUCUACGGGAACACGAACAAUGUGAAGGACUUCAUCAACCUGCACAACUACACGAACAACAAUAAGAUCGGCGCAGCAAACAAGAGGACGUCGAACGUGAACAUCAAGUUGAACGACGCGAGGAAUAACUACAUAUACCUGGGCAGGUUUGAAGGAAGUGAAAGCAUACUGAAGCUGCCGAGCGUGGGAGAAGUGGUACUGGUGGAAAAGGUGAGCGACAAGGUGGUGGUCUCGACGAACGUAAAGAUAGAAAACCUGACUGACAUAACGCUGGUGAUAAGGUGCAGGAACUACUACGGAAAGAUGGGCGAGUUUAGCGGGAGUCUGAACGACACGGAGGGAACGAGUGAACUGGUGCUCGAAAAGUUCACGAGCGUAGGAAUACCGAUAUCGUGGUACACGAACAAGUUCACGCCGCUCAUAACGUACGCGGAUAACGCGGCACUAAAUAGAAGCUGCGGCAAUGGAGCGUCGAACAGUUGCCUUAACAGCAGUAACUACAGGCGAACGAACAGCAGUUACGCAAACGGCACAGAGUACCUGCUGAGGUUUAAGAACGGGCUCUGCUUUAAGACGACGCUGACGAGCACAGUGCUGAACGACAUCGACGAGGUGGACUGCGUCAAGUACGUGAUCACGAUAGAGCCGACUCUGCAAAUAUGCAACAAGCUGCCCUUCGACCUCGUAGUGUACUUCUCCUCACUGAAGGAGCGCGCGUUGGACUUUCUGGUCUACGACAAGGUGGACAGCAUGUCGGUGGUGGAGAACAGGGGGGCGGUUAAGCUGCUGAGGCCGAACCAGUCCUGGGGGAUACCAGUGCACAGCACGAAGUUCUACGUAAAGUUGCACAUGAAGGGAGUGGCUCUGGUUAACGCCAGCAGUGCCAGCGAAUUUGAUGCCAACGUAGUCAGCGAUGUUAACGUCGGCACUACCGCUGGCCCUGGUCGCAGCAGCAGUAGAAUGGGCGUCGCUACCACUGGUGCCAGGAGCAUGAGUCAGAUGGGCAGUCGAACGAUGGAUACCACGAGAUUCGGCGCUGUGGGAGGAAGUAAGAAGAUGGACGGAGUCAGUUUUGAGCCAAAAGUUGACGUGGUGGACGGCUACGGUGAUGCGCCAGGGGCGCUGAGGGGAGAAAAGUAUAGUGUAGUGGAGUACAUGAGUCAAUUCGGAAACGUGAGUCAAAUGAAUGAAAGGCACCUGGUGUACCAAAGCGACCUCUUAGAAAUAAACUUGCCGAACACAGUCGACCUGGUGGCGACGAAGUGCCUGAAGUACACAUCGGGUCCAAUACAUGAGACCACGUUUAAGCACCUUGAGCCGCUGCUGUCGAGGGGAGUUUACAGCAGGAAUAAGGAGGCGUUCUACGAACUGGUGAGGAACAGCUUCGUCAACAUAAGGCUGGAAAGAGAUAAGAUCAGCGUCUUCUGGCCGUACGUGUUCGAGAACUUCACUGACAACUUCAUAAGUCUCAACGGAAACCUGAUUCCGCCGCACUUUAGGUACUUCUCAACAAACAGGCAGGCGACGAACGCGAGUCUGAGAGCAUACGUUAGGCACGAGAGUGGGCAGUACGUGCCGACCAAGGAGGUGAGUAAGUUGGACUUCACGUCGACGACGGCAACGAGGCCCCCAAUCAACCUGGAAGUGCAGACUUCGUCCAAGGAAGGCAAGAGAAGGAGCGCGUUGAAGGACGGCACCAGAUUGGUAAAACAUUACGCCGACGCGACUGAAGAAAGUGGCACUGUGGAGAACGAAGGGGGCGACGCGUUAGAAAAAAGUGACUUAAUGAAUGAGCAAGGUGCAAAAGUUGGCAGUGCUGCAGAAAAUGAUAAGGGCACGAGUGCCCAUAUAGCUGGAAAUGGCACUGGUAUGGGAUUAGAAUGCGUGAGUCUUGGAUGCACAGUGAGGGCGCUGAACAUAUCGGCGCACCCGACCAGAGUAGUAGCCUUCCACAGCUACUACAAGUUCAUAAAUGGAAUGAAAAACGAUUUGAUCGUUGAGCAUUCAAGUUACGGAAGAACAGUGGUAGGGCCGAAUGAGGAAGUGGACGUCAACACGACGCUGAAGACGAUCAGGAUGCUUAUAGUUUCCAGCGGUACCACCAUCAGUGCGUGUACGAUAUCGUUGACGCCGCCUAAAAUACCGUUCAAUAUGCAAAUCAGAGCGAAACCGGUGAGCAAAGAGUCCACAAAGGGCGACGAAGAACAGCUCAUACUGGACAUAAGCGUAGUAGAAGGGAAGUUCGAACAGGGGUUGCCGUGCCAUUUUAACGGGCUGUACAUCAUAGUGUCAGAAGCAAAAGAUACGACGUAUCAGCUGUUGAACCUGACGAGGGCAGACCUGUACGUAGUGGACCCGAACUUCCUGCCGGAGAACAGUCAGUGCGAGAGCAUAAGGAGGAUGGAGAUACUGGAGAGCGAUAACACGAUGGUGCUGAGUAGGUUGAGGCUGACGCCGCACGUGCUGUUCAACAACAACGACAGGAGAGUGGCGUUUAAGGCCAGCGAGGACUCGGACUGGAUGAUCUACAACAUCGACACGCUGAAGAACGUUCACACCUACAAGACUACAACAAAUACGUCCGUCAAGUUUAAGGAAAGACUUGAGAUAUUCGUCAGCUGCAUUAUGAAGAAGAACGGCACGCGAGUUAUUUGCUUCGUGGACAACUACAUCCUGCUCUGCAAGCUGAUUGAAAGAGUGGACCUGGUGCAGAUGAAUAGAAUCACGAGUGUGUGGUCGAAGAUCGUCUUCACGUUCGCGACGCCGAGAAUCACGACGACGAUGUCGAGCAAGAAGAAGCUGGUGCUGGCGGCGCACCUGAACAGCCUGCAGUUCAACCUCGUGCUCACAAACAACUUCCACCUGGCGAACCUGAGCAACGUGAACGGGGCAACGAGCGCGAAGAGCACCAAGUUCACGCUGAGCGGCAGCAACGACUGGAUCAUGGACCUGACGCUGACGAUCAACGGCUGCCACAUCGACCACUUCGUGCAGGGCUUCAUACCCGUGAUACUGAAGACGCUCACCAACAGGCACUCGGUGCAGGAGUCUUUCCUGGUCUUCAAGACGACGUGCACCAUCUUCUCAAAGUCGAUUCAGACGUUUGACAACGUCUACUUUAAGCUGAGUCCGAUCAGCAUGAACGUGGAGAUGCGGGUGAUUGAGCAGAUAGUGGACUACUUCGAGAGCAUAUCGGCAGACAACCUGAACACGGCAUAUAAGGCCAAGAGCGGGAGCAUGUCUAGCACAAGCAUGUCAAGGACGGGGAGUAGAAGGGGUGUAACUGAUGUCAGAGUGGGCACGACUGGUGGUGAUAAGGAUAACAGGGCACUGGGUGUUGGUGGUAGACAUGGUGAGGCCACGGCGUCAGGCCGCAGCGAUACGGAUGGCGAUCGCCCUGUCAGUGCUGGUUAUGAUACGGUUGUGAAGAUAUCUACUAACAAGUUAGGCACCGUUGGCCAUGGCACAAGUGGAGGGGACGCCUAUUUCAGGGGUCACAGUGGUCUGAGAGUGGCCAGAGCCGAAGCAGCUAGGAAACAAGCCGGCGGGCCUGUCGCCUCAGUCGUCAAGUUGAACAAGAGCGAUAAGAUGACCAAAAAGUACUUCAAGAGGCUGACAAUUGAGCCCAUCACAGUGGUACUGGCAAUCAGGACCUCGGACGUGCGCCUCACGAGGCAGGGCCUGCAGAUUCUGGACGCGCUGCCAGUGGACACGCCCUCGGUCUGCGUGCACUUCUUCUCGGAGAAGAUUUACCAGAACGUGUGCAGCUUCGAGGAGCUUUUCAGCAUUCUGAAAAACUCGUACUUCAAGCAGCUGGUGAGGCAGUCGCUGCCCACGGCAUGGCUCUCGAACUCGCUCGCGCUGCUCUACGGCGUGAUCAAGGGCUUCCUGUACCUGGUCACGCAGCCGUUCAGCUGCUGCAAGAAGUUUAAGAACACCUUCGAGGGCUUCCUCAUCGGAAUCAACAACGGCAUCAAGUACUUUGUGCUCUUCGUCGUCGGGGGACUCGCGCAGUCUGUGGGACACCUGCUCAACAUUUUCUACAAGCUCAUGGGCAGGGGCAGGGCGAAGCCGAUUGGCAUUCUCGACGGACUCUGGUUCGGCUUAAACAGCGUCUUCCUCGACAUGUUCUACAACCCGUGGCGAAGGCUCUUCUCCGAGUUCUACAUUGGCACUGGCGUCAGGAGGGGCUUUAGGAACGCCUACAACGUCGUCAAGUGCCUCGCCAGCCCCCUGACUGCCCUCGUCAACCUUCUCGUGAACAUCGUCGAGGGCCUGUCGAACGUGCUUCUGGGCGACUUUGAGCAGUUUACUCACCUCUACGAGACUGACCAGCUGAGCAGCAUUGCUUCGACUGGCGAGCGUCUGAAGGUUGACCCCGGCGACGACAAGAAGCGUGGCGAGCUGCUGCGCAAGAUGAAGACGGUCGGCCGUCUGUUCUAA